GAAUUUAUCAAACUGAAAAUAAUAAUUAAAAAACAUUUUUUUAUUUUUUUAUUAAAACACGAAGUGCUCUUUUGUGUGUUACUCCUAUGUUGUUAUUUUUUUUAUUUUUUAUUUUUGGGGGGAGAAUGAGAAAAAAGAACGCAUAGGAAAUGGAGAAAGAAGAAGAAGCUCUCUUGCUGGUUCCUCUUUUCUCUCGAUUUUAUCUAUUUUUCUCGCCAGAUUUUCUCGGAAUCCAAACGCACUGAGCUUCCUUUGUUCCUUCAUUAACCCUCGAGAUCUGAAAGCGCGUCACUCGCUAUCUAAGUUUUGAUGCGUUGUGCUCUCGUUUACUUGCUUUGUCAGUGAAUAUAGGAGUGCCGAAUCCCCUGCAAAUGAAAGCAUGUGCUGUGAGUUGGGGCGGUUAAAGCCUGCGCCGACUCCACUGCUAUUACCGAUUUUCGUACGCACAUCUGAACCCGGAAGCCACAAGAUGAAUCACUUUUCUGUUGACACUGAAGAUUCUUUUGUGAGCUUGCUUGAGCUUGCCGCCAAUAACGAUAGUGAAGGUUUCAAACGAUUGAUUGAGUGUGAUCCUUCCUCCAUAGAUGAGGUUGGGCUGUGGUAUGGUCGCCGCAAGGGAUCAAAGCAGAUGGUCAAUGAGCAAAGAACGCCUUUGAUGGUUGCUGCUACCUAUGGGAGCAUUGAUAUUAUGAAACUGAUUCUCUCUCUAUCCGAUGCCGAUAUCAAUAGGCCUUGUGGCCUUGACAAGAGCACUGCCCUUCAUUGCGCUGCAUCAGGUGGGGCUGAAAAUGCUGUUGAUGCUGUGAAACUGCUCCUGGAAGCAGGGGCUGAUCCUAAUUCUGUGGAUGCCAAUGGGCAUCGUCCCAUAGAUGUUAUUGUUUUUCCUCCUAAGCUUGAACAUGUCAAAAACAGCCUUGAAGAGCUUCUUCAGACUGAUGAUUCUAUUGCUGGGUGUAAUCUUAGGGUGAUAACAACCUCAUCCAAUGCUUAUUCUCCACCUUUAUCAACUUCACCAGAGAAUGAGUCUCCUUCUGCACCAGAUUUCCAGUUGAAGUUGAAGUCAAAUGAUAUCCCUGUUUGGUCUGCAUCAGAGAAGAAAGAGUAUCCUGUUGAUCCGUCUCUUCCAGACAUCAAAAACAGCAUAUAUUCAACUGAUGAAUUCCGAAUGUAUUCUUUCAAGGUUCGACCUUGUUCACGAGCUUAUUCACAUGAUUGGACUGAAUGCCCUUUUGUUCAUCCAGGGGAGAAUGCUCGAAGAAGGGAUCCAAGAAAGUACCAUUACAGCUGUGUCCCUUGUCCUGAUUUUCGGAAGGGUGCCUGCAGGCGAGGAGACAUGUGUGAAUAUGCCCAUGGGGUUUUUGAGUGCUGGCUGCAUCCUGCACAAUAUCGUACCAGACUCUGUAAGGAUGGGACAAAUUGUUCCAGAAGAGUUUGCUUCUUUGCCCACACUGCUGAAGAGCUUCGACCGUUGUAUGUUUCAACUGGUUCUGCCGUGCCUUCUCCUCGAUCAAGCACAUCUUCUGCCAUGGAUUUUGCUGCAGCCAUGAACAUGUUGCCUGGCUCUCCUUCUUCAAUGUCAGUCAUUUCUCCUUCACCAUUCACUCCACCCAUGUCACCUUCUGCCAAUGGCAUUUCACACUCUUCUGUUGCUUGGCCCCAGCCAAACAUCCCGGCAUUGCAUCUUCCUGGAAGUAAUCUUCAGUCCAGUCGUUUGAGAUCUUCACUCAAUGCUAGAGAUAUUCCUGUGGAUGAUUUUGAUUUGUUACAGGAUUAUGAUCAGCAGCAACAGCUGCUUAAUGAGUUAUCAUGCCUCUCUCCACAGCCUAUGAAUUCUAAUACUAUCAACCGUUCUGGGCGCAUGAAACCCCUAACUCCUUCAAAUCUUGACGAUCUUUUUUCUGCUGAGAGUUCUUCUCCUCGAUAUGCUGAUCCCACAUUGGCUUCAACUGUAUUUUCUCCAACUCACAAAUCAGCCGUCCUUAAUCAGUUCCAGCAGCAGCAAAGCUUGUUGUCACCCGUGAAUACAAAUUUUUCUUCUAAGAAUGUUGAACACUCUUUAUUGCAAGCCUCAUUUGGGGUCCAGACAUCAGGAAGAAUGUCUCCACGAAAUGUGGAACCUAUUUCUCCAAUGGGCUCUAGGAUUUCUAUGCUAGCUCAACGUGAGAAGCAGCAACACUUUCGCAGCCUAAGUUCCCGGGAACUUGGCUCUAAUUCUGCUGCUGCUGCUGCAGCUGCAGCUGCAGCUGCAGCCUCCGUUAAUUCUUGGUCAAAAUGGGGAUCACCCAAUGGUAAGCUGGAUUGGGCAGUUGGUGCUGAUGAAGUGGGUAAGCUCCGAAGGUCAUCUUCAUUUGAGCUUGGGAACAACGGUGAGGAGCCUGAUUUAUCAUGGGUUCAGUCACUGGUUAAGGAAUCACCUACUGAAAUUAAAGAAAAAUUGGCAACUACUGUUUCAAAUGUUGCAGCAGCUGGAUCCUCCGGUGAGGGAUCAAAUAUGAGCACACAAAUGGAGUCUGUUGAUCAUGCUGUAUUGGGAGCAUGGCUUGAGCAGAUGCAGCUUGAUCAUCUUGUGGCUCAGCAAAACUGAAAUGAGUCUUGCUGACCCUGAGGUAGUUAACAACAGAAAGGUUUUCAGUAAAUAAUAUAUGUUCUUUUUGAAUUUUGUUGUUGAUGGAAGGUUACAGUAACUAAGAAAGGAAGCAGUAAGAAAAAGAAUCACUGAGGAAAUUUCAUUUUCAGGUUUAGUGUUACAAAAGUAACUUAGAAGGGUCAGAAAACCACUGGGUGGCAUUCGGAUAAUUAAUGCGAGUGUAGGUUUUUUGGCUGCCUAUCUCUUCAAAUUUUAGGUUCACAUUCCUGUCAUUUUUUCCUUCCUUGAGUAGAUGUUCUAUCACAAUGAAGUCCUAUUCCUAAGUUUGAUCUAUCUUUUUUAUUUCUUUAUAUUUUGGGGUAGAAAACGAAAUUACAAAAGGGUCAUUGGAGUUAAUUCCUUCGGUCUCCAUUUUGGUCCAAUUUUGGGGAUGAAAAUACAGGAUGUUGGAUAUGAUAUUUGUCAUGUAAUUUGGAAUCAAUAAUUGUUGAUGCCAGGGAGCGGGUAUUAGGAAAUAUUUGAAGAUUGAUCCUUUGGGCAUGUAACAUUCAAUUGAAGUUUAUUGCUAUAUUAUUUACUAAUACCGUUGUUUCUA